GUAGAAUGUAUUACUGGUAAAGAUUCAGAUGUUAUUUUUGUGCUGGAUGAAUCCAGUAGUAUUGAUAACCGAGACUUUAAGAAGCAGUUGAAAUUCGUCCAAGAUGUCAUCAAAAUGUUUGAUAUUGGACCCAAAAAGACACAAAUCGGUGUGGUAACAUUCAGCGAUCUCCCCACCGUCGAGUUCUAUCUUAAUACUUAUAAAAAGAAGAAGGAUGUCUUGAAAGCAGUUGGCAGGGUCGUAUAUUCCGGUGGCAACACAUACACCAAUCUGGCUCUAGAA